AUGGAGCACACAGAUGCGACCUACCCAGCGAUGAAACCACGCGAGUAUCUGGCGGUCCACGUGGAGCAGGUCCGCCGGAAGUCCAAAGCUGAUACCGGUGCACAAAGGCACGAUGUUGAUGACUGCCAAAGAGCCAGCCCUUUUCUGUGCUUCCAUCCAAGAAUGGGCUCUAAGCCGGAGGCUAACAAUGUUUGCCGUGAGCAUGAGAGUCAGGAUGAGCGCUUCCCGGUAGUUGGGGAUGUCAAGCCAACGCAGGCAUUUUGGCAGUUCCAGCUACCACCGGUAACCGACACCGAAGUGAGAGCUGCAAUCAAAAAGGCGCCACCAAACAAGGCACCAGGAUACGAUGCGCUGCCAAACAAAGUAUGGAGGGUGCUAGCGGAGCCAGGGUCAAGGUCGGAGAGGAGGUUUGUACCACUCCUAACUGCUGUCUUCGACGCAUGUAUUCGACUUGGAUAUAAUCCCCGACACUUCCAGACCUCUGUUACUGUUACACUGCGAAAAGCCGGUCCACGUGACUACCGGAUCCCAAAGUCAUAUAGACCAGCUGCACUGCUGAACACGCUCGGUAAAGUGCUCGAGGCGAUUGUCGCGACACGAAUUGCGUGGCUGGUGGAGGAAUACAACCUGCUCCCAAAAACGCACCUCGGGGGGCGGAAAGGGAUCUCUGUGGACCACGCGAUCCAGUUGAUCCUUGGACGCGUACACCAGGCCUGGGGAGAUAGCAAGGUGAUAAGUAUACUGCUCCUCGAUGUAGCGGGUGCGUAUAAUAUAGUGUCUCACAGGAGACUACUGUUUAAUAUGCGACAGCUGGGUCUAGGUGGACUGGUACCCGAGGCCUUCCCUGCACCGACCGGUAUUCCGCAAGGCUCGCCAAUCUCGCCGAUCCUCUUCCUACUGUUUAAUAAACCGUUGGUGUCAGUGUGCCACCGGAUUCUACCAUACGGAGAGAGUGAAGGAUUCGGGUGGGUGGAUGAUGUGUGUAUUCUUGCAACGUCUGACAGCUAUGAAGAGAAUACCUGGAUCCUUGAAAAAGCACUGCAGAAGGCAGGCCGGUGGGCCAGACGACAUGCCGCAAAGUUUGCACCAGACAAAUUCGAACUGAUCCACUUCAAAAACCCCAGAGCAGAAAAGGGACCAAGUCUCAAUACAGCGACCUACGACCCAGCCGAUAUCUGGGAGAUCCCACCAGCGCCAGAAGGCCACGAUGGUAUGCCGGUGAUAAUCUCAGGAACCGCCGAAACCCCGAUCCCGACAAUCCUUGCGCCAACCGUAGCAGCGAAAUACCUUGGUGUAUGGCUCGACAAAAGCCUAGACUUCACAACCCACCGAAAGAAGAUGCUAGCUAAGGCGAGCGGGAGCCUGGAGGCCCUCCGCGGGAUCUCAGGCUCUACGUGGGGGUCAUCACUGAUCGCAAUGCGAAAGGUCUACCAAGGUGUAAUUGUCCCGCAGAUGCUGUGGGGACUAUCGGCCUGUUUCUGUCCAGCGGCGAGAUCUAUGCCAAGAGGAGAGCUCGACAAACUCACAAGAGAACUUAUAAAGAUCCAGAGGCGCGCAACGAUCCUAAUCAGCGGGGCGUUCCGAGGAACAGCAGGAGCUGCGCUCGAUGUCGAAAUGUAUAUCACACCGAUCAAGUUACGACUGCACCAGAUGGCAGAGGAAUCCGCUAUUCGAAUCCCCACAGGGCCGCAAUGGGCGUGCCCUCAAAUUGCGAAGGCGCCACCACGCAACGCAGCACAGCGGAAGCUUGGGGGAUGGUCGCCGACCGAAGCAAUUGCCCGGAAGAAACCUGGAUGCUUGCGGAGAGGAGAGAGAUGGGAGGAGAAACGCGCGUUUGUGCUUGCACCUUGGCAGGCACCACUCCCUUGCUAUGUCGAAAACCGGCAGACAGCGUUGGAUACACACGAUUCGCUCCAGGCUAGGAGGAUCCUGCAGCAAGAUAUAUAUCUUGAAUUCACCGACGGGAGCGGAGCAGACGGGUAUAUUGGUGUAUCAACUGCCAAUAUACACGAGGCUAGUUCAGAGAGGAGAUAUCUUGGCACAGAUUCACAGUCCACAGUGUACGCAGCCGAGCUCAGCGGUAUCGAGAUGGCGCUAGCGAAAGCUAGGAGGAGGAGCGAGCAGGAGGGUGCCGAACAAGCCCAGGAGGUAGUUAUUUUCUCGGACAGCCAGGCUGCAAUCCAGGCAGUCAAGAACCCACAGCGACCGUCUGGCCAGUACGUGCUGAGUGUGCUAUACGAACACGUACGAGCUAUUCGGUCGCGAAACCAGAGCCAAAACCGUCAAACUGAACUCAAUAUCCGGUGGAUCCCUGCGCACAGCGAUGUAGCUGGGAAUGAGUAUGCCGAUAGGGAGGCGAAGGGGGCUGCUGGGCUUGGAGCAAAACUGCCGGCUGAAGGCGACCCGGAUAAUCUGAUUACCCGCCUCGCUGCGGCCGCCAAACGCGGAGUCCGGGAACGGACGAGGGAAAAAUGGAUAAGGCAGUGGGAGCGAGAAAGGACCUCGGCCCCGACAAAACGCCUAGUGCAGGCGCCAGGAAAGAAGACCCUUCGCCUAUACGAGGGCCUAUCGAAGCCUCAGUGUGCAAUUCUGAUUCAGAUGCGUACGAUGAGGAUUGGCCUUCGAUAUUUCCUGUACAAAAUCAAGGCUUCGGACACCGACCGCUGUGACUGCGAGCAGGGGUCGCAGACCCCAACGCUGUUCCUCGAGUCAAGCUAUGGAACCAGCAGAUGGUCCAGUCAAUUUCAUGACUUCCGAUGA